AAAAAUGCUGGAUUUUCAUCUGUGGUCCUUCCAACACUGGCUUUUCAUUUUGUUAAUGGGCAGGAGCUAGAAACUUUUCUUAAGCAUUGGAACGACUUCAGUGGAAUAAUUUUUUCUAGUGCAAGAGCUGUUGAGGCUAUUUACAAAAGAUUAACUGUGAUGGAAGACAGUAUGAAAGAUUCCAUAACUUCACAUUGGAAGCAUAAAAUGAAUUUCAGUGUGGGAGAAGCAACUGCUAAUCUAGCUAAAAAUUUGCUGGAUUUGGAUACUCGAGGGAAAGAGGCUGGUAGCAGUGAAAAGCUGUGUAAUAUCAUUUUAGGUUCUGAUCCUGUUACUAAGCCUUUCCUUUUUCCUUGUAGCAAUAUAAGAAAAGACACGAUUCCGGAAGUUUUAAAGCAGAAUGGAAUAUCUGUGCAAGAAAUAAUUUCAUAUGAAACUGUUGGCAACCCAGAUUUGCGAUCUUGUUGGCAAGAAAUAGUCUCGCAACAGGGUUUGCCAAAAGUUUUGGUUUUCUUCAGUCCAUCUGGUGUUCAGUGGAGUCAUCAAUUAAUCAAAGAUAGUAAAGAAGAUUUAAAGUUUUUUAAGUUUGUAGCCAUAGGACCUAGCACAGAGAAAGCCCUGUGUGACGUCGGCAUGAUACCAUGUGAAGUUGCCAAAAAGCCAAAUGCUAUUGCAAUAUGUGAAGCUGUUAAAAAUGUUAUGAAAUUUUAAAUUGUUUGUUAUAUAUGUGUUGAACACAAAAUAAAAUUUUUACACCUUU